AUGCUGUAUCAUCCCACAGAAGAGGUCGAGGCACCAGAGACUGUCGACAAGCGCCCAGUCGAACAAGAUCCUUCAUUUGCCCCCGUCAAAACGACAACAGCAUCGCGACCAAAGCUAUCAGGGCAAAUGACCGAGGAUGACUUCUUCCGUGGUCUCUCCCGCAGAAGGACAAGUCAAAGUGGUGUUCUGAGCAGAGAACAGACAAAAGAAGAUGACGACGAAAGAGAAGAGAUCGAUCGUCUGAUGUCGCGCAUGUUCGGCAAGACUAGACAGGCACACUCCGAGGAAGAGAAGACCAGACACAUUGGUUUAGUCUUCAAGAACCUUACGGUACGAGGUGUUGGACUUGGUGCCGCACUGCAACCUACUGUUGGAGACAUCUUCCUCGGUCUUCCCAGAAAGAUCAAGAAUCUGGUCUCUAGAGGACCAAAAAAAGCCGCUGGUAAACCGCAAGAAAGAACAAUCUUGUCAGACUUCAGUGGUGUCAUCAAACCUGCUGAGAUGCUGCUUGUACUUGGAAGACCAGGCUCUGGUUGCACUACUCUGCUCAAAACGCUUGCCAACCAACGAGCAGGAUAUACUUCAAUCGACGGAGAGGUUACCUAUGGCGGGACUCCUGCGGAUGUGAUAGGCAAGAAGUACAGGGAGGAGGUUCUGUUCAUUCCCGAUGAAGACCUGCAUUAUGCGACCAUCACGGUCAAGAACACCUUGUCCUUUGCUCUGAAAACGAAAACACCCGGAAAAGAAUCUCGUCUGGAAGGAGAAUCUCGUGGAGCAUAUGUCAAAGAAUUCUUGCGUAUCGUUACCAAGUUGUUCUGGAUUGAGCACACCCUCGGCACCAAGGUUGGCAAUGAAUACAUUCGCGGUGUUUCUGGUGGCGAGAAGAAGAGAGUCACCAUUGCAGAGGCCAUGGUAAGUCGUUCUAGUGUGCAAAUGUGGGACAACUCUACAAAAGGUCUUGAUGCAAGCACAGCAUUAGAAUACGUACAGAGUUUGAGAUCUUUGACCAACAUGGCUCGUAUCUCUACUGCUGUUGCUUUAUACCAAGCAGGAGAGUCUCUUUACGAUUGUUUCGACAAGGUGAUCCUCAUUCACGAAGGAAAGUGUUGUUACUUUGGACACACCGAAGACGCGGUCCAGUACUUCAAAGACUUGGGCUUCGUCCAGCCUGACCGCUGGACAUCAGCCGACUUUAUCACUUCCGUUACUGACGAGCACGAAAGACACGUCAAGGAAGGCUGGGAAGACAAAAUUCCAAGAUCUGGCGAAGACUUCGAUCGUCUCUUCCAAAAGAGCGAACAGAAAAAACGCAACCUCAAAGAGAUUGAGGAGUUUGAAGGAGAGACUCAGCAACUCACUGACGCAAGACACGAAGCGCAAACCAAAGCUACCAAGAAGAAGAACUUUGAGGUCUCCUUCCCGAAGCAGGUCAUGGCUUGUACCCAGCGACAAUUCUUGGUGAUGAUUGGCGACAAGCAAGCGACUAUGGGCAAAUGGGGAGGGAUUGGCUUCCAAGCAUUGAUUGUUGGCUCACUAUUCUACGACCAGCCAAAGACUGCCACUGGAGCCUUCCCUCGAGGAGGUGUGAUGUUCUUCUCGCUGUUGUUCAAUGCCCUUCUCGCUCUGGCUGAACUUACAGCCGUCUUCCAAUCUCGACCUAUUCUACUCAAGCACAAGAGUUAUCAAUUCUAUCGACCAGCCGCCUUUGCUAUUGCUCAAACUGUCGUCGAUGUUCCUCUGGUUUUCGUCCAAGUUUUCAUCUUCGACAUCGUCGUCUACUUCAUGUCUGGUCUCCAGAGGACAGCUUCGCAAUUUUUCAUCUCAUUGAUGUUCCUGUGGAUAGUCACAAUGACCAUGUACGCUUUGUUCAGAGCGGUAGGGUCACUUGUUGCAUCUCUCGAUGUCGCCACUAGAGUCACGGGACCAGUUAUCCAGAUCUUGGUGGUAUACACUGGAUAUCUUAUCCCGCCACGAAAAAUGCAUCCUUGGUUCGCGUGGCUACGCUGGGUCAACCCAGUCCAAUACGGAUUUGAAGGUCUGAUGUCUAACGAGUUCUACAAUUUGGAGCUCCAGUGCAAUCCACCAUAUCUGGUGCCCCCAAACGCACCCUCUGCGGAGUAUCAGUCAUGUGCUCUUCAAGGAAGUACACCAGGCUCCACAACCGUCAACGGUGCCAGCUACAUCAAGACUGCAUUCACAUACUCCCGUAGUCACCUGUGGCGGAACUUCGGGUUCAUAUGCGCAUUCUUCAUAUUCUUCGUUGCGCUUACGGCCCUUGGUAUGGAGCUGCAGAAGCCCAACAAGGGUGGCGGUGAAGUCACGGUCUUUAAACGUGGUCAGGUCCCCAAGUCGGUUGAGAAGGAAGUCGAGACUGGAGGAAGGACUAGCGAUGAAGAAUCUGGCGAGCCAACUCAAGGUCAGGUCGACGGUACCCCGAACAACGAAGAUGCUCGCAAAGGAUCCGAUUCUGACGACACGGUCGCGGCCAUCGCCAAGAACGAGACCAUCUUCACAUGGCGGAACGUCAACUACACUAUUCCGUACGAAGGUGGAGAGCGCAAGCUUCUGCAGGAUGUGUCUGGAUUCGUGCGUCCCGGCAAAUUGACAGCUCUGAUGGGAGCUUCGGGAGCUGGAAAGACUACUUUGCUGAACACUCUGGCUCAACGUAUCAAUUUUGGUGUUGUAUCAGGAGACUUCCUUGUUGACGGCAAGCCUCUUCCUAGAAGUUUCCAACGAGCCACUGGUUUCGCAGAACAACAGGAUGUCCACGAACCGACUGCUACUGUGCUAGAAGCACUCAGGUUCUCCGCCAAACUUCGUCAGCCAAAAGAGGUCUCUCUCGAAGAGAAGUAUGCAUACUGUGAAAAUGUACUCGACUUGCUUGAGAUGCGAGAUAUUGCUGGUGCUACUAUCGGCAAAGUCGGUGAGGGUCUCAAUCCAGAACAGCGCAAACGUUUGACCAUUGCUGUCGAACUGGCCUCGAAGCCUGCAUUACUGAUCUUCUUGGACGAGCCGACCUCAGGUCUCGAUUCAGGCGCCGCUUUUAACAUCGUCCGCUUCCUUAGGAAACUUGCGGACGCUGGACAAGCUAUCUUGUGCACAAUUCAUCAGCCUUCGAGCGUUCUGUUCGAGGAGUUCGAUGAUCUCUUGCUUCUCAAGAGCGGCGGUCGUACUGUGUACCAUGGCGAGCUCGGCGAGGGAUCGAAGAAAUUGAUUACCUAUCUGGAGAAGAACGGCGAGCAGGAAUGUCCACACGAUACAAACCCAGCCGAAUGGAUGCUCGAGGCCAUCGGUGCAGGAAAUCCCGACUACAAUGGACCCGACUUUGGAGAUCUCUGGGAGGAAUCUGAUGAGAAAAAGAAGCAGCAAGAGGAAAUCCAGAGCAUGAUCCAAGACCGCCGCAAAGCUUCUGGCGGAGCCAAAACUGAUGAUGAUCGCGAGUAUGCCAUGCCACUCGGUACGCAAAUCGUCACUGUGGUCCGCAGAUCCUUCGUUGCCUACUGGCGUUCUCCCCAAUACGUUGUCGGCAAAUUCAUGCUGCAUAUCUUCACAGCACUCUUCAAUGGCUUCACCUUCUGGAAUCUCGGAAACUCGCAGAUCGAUAUGCAGAGUAGACUGUUCUCCAUCUUCAUGACCUUGACCAUUUCACCACCGCUGAUUCAGCAGUUGCAACCUCGCUUCCUCAACUUCAGAAAUCUGUAUCAGGGCAGAGAGGCCAGCUCGAAAAUCUACAGUUGGGUUGCUUUCGUGAUCGGUGCGAUUGUUGUCGAGAUACCUUAUUCGCUGGUUGCUGGAACUAUCUACUGGUGUGCUUGGUAUUUCCCGCCAGGCUUCCCUCGUGGCACAUACCGAGCUGCAUCUGUCUGGCUGUUCAUCAUGUCAUUUGAGCUGUUCUACAUUGGUUUCGGUCAGGCGAUUGCCUCAUUUGCCGCCAACGAACUUCUCGCUUCGUUGCUAGUACCCAUAUUCUUCCUCUUCGUCGUCUCCUUCUGCGGUGUCGUCGUCCCCUACCAAGCUCUCCCUUACUUCUGGCGCAGCUGGAUGUACUGGCUCUCCCCCUUCAAAUAUCUCCUCGAAGGCCUGCUGGCGCUUGUGACCCAUGGCUUGCCCAUUGAGUGCGAUGCUCAAGAACUUGCUAGCUUCCCUGCUCCACCCGGCCAGUCCUGCGAUGCUUACGCUGGCCCCUACGCCCAACAAUCUGGAGGCUAUGUGAUUACUCAAGCUAAUGGACUUUGCGGGUUCUGUCAAUACAGAGAUGGAGAUGCGUUUACGGCAAGCUUCAAUGUGUACUGGAGAUAUGUGUGGAGGGAUUAUGGUAUCUUUUGGGUGUAUAUUCUGUUUAAUUUUGCGGUUGUGUUUGUGUGUUCUUGGUUGUAUCUGCAGGGUGUAGGCAAGAUCAAGAAGUUUCUCAGUCCGGCGGCGAGGAAGCAGAAGAAGGCUAUUAAGCAGAGGGAGAAGGAGGGACAGGAUGAGAAGAGAGGUUGUGUGGUUGUGUGA